AUGCCCGCGCGCCGGCGUCCACCAGCGGGGUCGCGCACCGAACUCCCUCCGCUGAAGAUCGUCCGCAAGAUCCUCUUGCUGCAGCUCGCAUACUAUGCCUGCGCCACGGUGCUCAUCUUGUUCACGACAGUUGUCUAUGGCGCACCAUUCUCGCUAGACCUAGUCUUUGGCUGGGACUCUCUGCGUGGCGACACGACCAUUGGAUGGAUGUUGGGAUUGGUGUGGAUGUUGAAUUGCUUUGUUAGUGUUAUAUUCCUACUCAUCUUCGUAUCUCGUUCAAAGCUGGUGCCCGAUUUCGCUCUGACGAUUCACUUCCUCCACCUCAUCGCCACUACUUUGUACUCCCACUCCCUGCCUUCGAAUGUACUCUGGUGGGGACUUCAAUUCGCCAGUGCGACUAUGAUGACCUUCCUUGGCAUGUGGGUGUGCCAAAGACGGGAGCUGGAGCCUAUCAAGUUUGGUGGACACAGUGGCAGCACCCAAGCUGGCCCGUCACAGACAUCUGACGGUGACGGCCAGCAGGAGUCAAGCUUUGGCCGUGGCCGCGGUCGAGAACGCAGCUUGCAAGAAUAUGAAUUGGAUGAUAUGAAGCACACGGGUGAGCAUGCUGUAUGA